AUUUUCUUGCUCGGUGGCAACAGCAGCAGCAGCAAGCAGCUCCAUCGACAAUGGGAAUCGACUUGAAGGCAGGAGGUAAGUCCAAGAAGACCAAGCGAACCGCACCCAAAUCCAAUGAUAUCUACCUCAAGCUUCUCGUCAAGCUGUACCGUUUCCUUGUUCGGAGGACUGGAAGUAAUUUCAAUGCGGUAAUCCUCAAGCGUCUUUUCAUGAGCAAGGUCAACAAACCUCCUCUAUCCCUGUCUAGAUUGAUUCGUUACAUGAAGGGAAAGGAGGAUAAGAUAGCCGUAGUUGUUGGUGUCGUGACCGAUGACAUUAGGGUAUACCAAGUCCCUGCUCUGAAGGUAACUGCCCUGAGAUUCACUGAAACUGCAAGAGCCAGAAUUGAGAAGGCUGGUGGGGAAUGUCUUACCUUUGAUCAGCUCGCUCUUAGAGCUCCUUUGGGUCAGAACACGGUUCUUCUUAGAGGCCCUAAGAAUGCCCGUGAGGCUGUCAAGCACUUUGGACCAGCUCCUGGUGUGCCCCAUAGCCACACCAAGCCCUAUGUCCGUUCAAAGGGACGAAAGUUUGAGCGUGCCAGAGGAAGAAGGAACAGCAAAGGUUUUAGAGUUUGAGUUCUGGAGCUCAAACGUGAAGGGUCUUUCCUUACUUUAUGAUCAUUCCAUCAUUCUGUAUUGCUUUCUUCCUUUUUGUGUUUUUUGAACAAGUUAUUAAUUUUAGUUUAUUUUUCUCUCUUUAAGUGAGAAAAAUGACGCGCCCUCCCCGAAGAGUUUUGUUCUAGCACAAACUUUCUAAUGAACUUUUUGAGAGAGCUUUUGUUAUACCUAAGGU